CGGCCCUCAAUAUUCCUGAUAAAACUGAAUACUACUGAAUCACUCAUGGCUACGAAGGGCAAUGGAUAAAGAAAAGGCAAAAAAAUGAUCACAUUAGUCCUUAUUAGUCAAUCCCGAAAUACCCAAGAAUACCCAAGAACACCGGUCUAGCAGAUACACAAGAUUCUACUGUAUAACAAGUCCCCCUUAUCGCUGUGAUAUCACACGUCUUCGCCUUCAACUUACCCACAACCUUCACAAUGUCUGAUUGGAGAGCCAUUGCAGCAAAGAAGAAAGCCAAACAGCAAGCCCUGAUACCCAAAGAAUGGAUGCUUAAACUGGAUGAUAUACCUAUUGGAGCUGAUGUCUCGCGCGUUCCGGAAACGUGUGGAUUGAUGACCGUCACUGAGAUACAGAUCACAAACUCGGACGUCGAUGAUUUACUGGAAAAACUUGCCGCAGGAGAAUGGUCGUCGGUAUUGGUAACGACCGCAUUCUAUAAACGAGCCAUCAUAGCUCACCAGUUGACCAAUUGCUUGACGGAGAUAUUCGUUGAGAGAGCACUGUUUCGAGCGGCAGAGCUUGAUGAUCACCUGCGCAAAACUGGUGCAGUUGUAGGGCCUCUUCACGGAUUGCCUGUAUCUUUGAAAGAUCAAAUCAAUAUUAAAGGCUUGGAAUCUUGCAUGGGUUAUGUAUCCUGGGUGGGAACUUAUGCGGAACGAAACUCUGUUCUCGCCGAUAUUCUCGAUAACGCUGGCGCUGUCCUUUUCGUGAAGACGAAUGUUCCACAAACCUUGAUGUGGUCAGAAACCUUCAAUCAUAUCUUUGGGCGAACUUCGAACCCAUACAAUCGCUCCUUGACCUCUGGUGGCUCGUCUGGAGGUGAAGGUGCUUUAGUUGCAAUGCGAGGAAGCCCACUUGGGGUGGGAUCAGAUAUAGGAGGAUCGAUUCGUAUUCCCGCAGCGUUCUGUGGGACAUAUGGACUGAGGCCAUCAUACGGACGAGUGCCCUACGCCGGUUGUGUUAAUUCCCUUGAAGGACAGGAUUCCGUGGCUUCAGUUCUUGGUCCGCUUUCGAAUAGCUUAUCAGGGAUCAAAACGUUUAUGAAAGCUGUCAUUGAUGCUCGCCCAUGGCUCAAAGAUCCUCUUGCGGUACGCAAACGAUGGAGCGACGAUGAAUACAACUUGGCCGAUCAUGGCAACGGAAAGAACUUGUGUUUUGCCAUUAUGUGGGAUGAUGGUCUAGUUGUGCCCCAUCCACCUAUCAUUCGAGGUCUGGAGGUUGUAAAAAAGGCAUUAUUGAAUGCUGGUCAUAAAGUAAUUGACUGGAAACCGUUGAAGCACGCCGAAAUGUUCAAAUGCUUGCACGAUAUAUGGGCUGCCGGGGCUGCUGAAGAUUACAAAGUCGUUACCGCAGUGACGGGCGAGCCAGUGAUCGCGACUAUGGAUCUGGACGAUGAAAUUUCUGCCGUCGGGAAACAUGAAGAGCACACCAAUGCCACUGUUGUCAUCCCUGGUGUAUCUGCAUAUGAUUUAUGGCAAACUCACAAACAGAAGAGGAUUCUACGAGAGGAAUAUCUCCAGCUUUGGGAAGAUACGAUUCAAGUUACUGGCACAGGUCGGGCUGUUGAUGCAAUUAUUUCGCCCGCAGCACCUUACACUGCUAUCCGCCACGGAAAAAACAACACAGCACAAUAUACCAUGGUCUGGAAUUUGCUCGACUAUAGCUCGCUGGUUAUCCCAGUUUCCAAAGUCGACCCUGAAAUUGACCGAGUUAAGGCGCCUCAUGAUUUUUACAACCGGGAAGACAAGGCAAACUACGAUCUAUAUAACCCGGCAAACUUCGCGAAUGCUCCAAUCUCUGUUCAGCUGGUAGGAAGAACCUGUGAGGAAGAAGCUGUUAUUGCGAUGGGCGAAAUUGUAGUAGCUGCUUUGAAACGUUCCAAUGAUGUGUUGAACGUUUGAACACAGUCAUUACAACGUGUAUUAUGUAGUCGGCCAAUGAUGAGAUUCGUUUGUGU